AUGUUCGCUGCCGACUUCGAUCAAAUAUCGGGCUUCGUGCCAAGCGAAGGCAGACGCGGCCAGUCAAGUUCCUUCGGUCCGAGGGACACAAGUUGUGGUCCCGCUGACGUAGGGUUUUUGUCUCUGGAUGAAGCUGAACCUUUUCGUUCUGGAGUGAGCGGUGCAACAGGCUUUGCAGCGCCAGCAGCAGCUCCUACAUCUGCAGCAAAUGGCACUGACGACCAGUAUCAAGAAACGCAGUUUUUCUACGUCGAUGCAGCGGACUUGCUAGGUGAACAGCCUACUCCUCAUGGUGGAAGCGCGGCAUCAUCUUCUUCUAGUGGUGGUAGUGCUGGUCACUACUUCAAUAUGGAUCGCAACCAACAUCACAACGGCAAUACCUCGAGUGGAAAUAGUUCUCCCUCUUCGCCGUCACGAAUGUACAACAAGUUGUACGACAACUCGCUGAAAGCGAGACUGCGACGGCAAUUAGCAGCAGCAUGGCAUCGGGGGGCUGUGUUAUCGAGGAAUUUAGCGGAGAGUCCUUGGUGGGAGAAGAUUUCUAGUGGGUCCUUCACUCGUGGUGGAGAUUCAGGCCUUCUGAUGUCCUCGGGAGGAUACAACAACAACCCUCAAGGAGGAUCAACAUCAACUUUCUCUGCCAUCAUGCAGCUGUGGCCUGAGCACCUGCGCCAGCCGACUUGCGUGAACAUCACUCGGUGGGCGUUCGUCCUUCUCUUGCUGUUGUACUUGUUGCCGAUGACCUUUGGUUUAUUUGGCUUGAUCCUGAAGGGGUUUGCGUUGGAUAAGGUGGAGAGUCCUUAUGGACAGACGUAUGGCAUAAAAGGAGACAGUAUUAAGGCUCAAUAUAUUUCAUCUCUACAAGUCAUUUCGCCCUAUUUCCUUCUUAGGAUUGGGAGAAAUGUAGGCAAGAAAUGAAUUGUUUUGAGCUCUAAUAGUAGCGCGAAGGCCGUUACUGCAACUCCUGCAACAUUGGGUAGCACAGCAACAUGUUGUAGCCCAACGGGAGCUGCCGUGGAAGAUAAUGACGCAGCUUCACCAGCGGGGGAAGUUUUGUACGACGGCGUAGAUGAGGACUCAACGGCAGGUGGAGGGGGAUCUGAUGUAGCUCGGACAGGAGAAACUAUAUCCGAGGACGCAGAGAUUUUUAGAGACAGUACUACUUUAUUUAUACCAUCCGUGCGUUAUUAGUACAUUGAUGACCUCUUGCUAUUUUAUGACCUCUUGCUAGGUAAAUGAAUCAUCUACAUACAACAUUGUCACACAAAGCGAAAAUCACUUUCUUGGCUCUGACCAUCCAACUAUCCUAGCCUCAGCAUUCAACUCCCCUCACACAUGAAUCUUCCUCACAUCACAACUCAACUCAUCAACGGAUACAGGCCCCUCACACAUGAAUCUUCCUCACAUCACAACUCAACUCAUCAACGGAUACAGGCUCUCCCGUUUCCGAUGCUGACUUAUGGUACUGGGAUCCCAGAUCAGUGCUUUUCGUCUACUCCUUACCCGUGAUGGUUCUCUUGGCGAUUUAUUUCUACAGUCGAGAUCUGAGACGAAGUGGCACAGGAGUCGAUGAUCGGGGGUUGAUAAACAAUGAGGAAAGUGUGGCUGGGUAUGUGAAUUUUUGAGAACAAUGAGACCUCUGACAGCCCUCCGGACAGCGUCAACGAUAAGAUGUCAAGUUCUGCUAAUUCCGCCGACCCCUUUCAUUGACCUUUAGUAUUUCGAGCAAGGUACUUAUCAUGAACUUUUCAAGUCUUGUUUGCGUUUGCUCGUGGACGCUGGAUAGGACCUUUCUGGAAUCAUAGAAAUAUCUGUGUCAU